AAAGAUAAGUUAAAGAAAAUUCAUGAUUUGAUUAGCAUCACUUCAUUCGAGCGUCUUCUGGAUUCUGUAGCUUUACUGGCUCCAGAUUCGUCUCUUCGCUUAGAUAAAACGAUGAUCUUGGUUCUCGAUCUCCCUGCGACUGCGAAACUGGUCUCGGUGUCAUCAUGGCUUUUCGAUCCAAGAAUUUGUUGCGAUCGCUCUCCAGCCGCUUGAAUCAGACUGCCAGCUUUACCACUUCGACAACACCGAAAAUGCGAGCACACGCGCUGCCAAUCGACAUGAGCGAGCUUGACCAAGUGAAGAAGCGGAUGAGGAAGGGCGACUUCGUGCCGGUUUGCAUGGCGGUGGGGAUGAUCACCCUCUCCACCUCACUGGGGCUCUACACGGCGAUGCGGGAACUGAAGGACUCGCCGACGGUGUGGGUGAGGAAGUCGAGGAGGGAGACACUGCCGGAGGUGGUGGAGCCAGAGGUGGUGGCGGAGAAGGCUGAGAGGUUUGUGAACAAGUCCCUGUUCCGGAAGAUCGUACACCUUCGGGAAUUCGAUACAGGCGAUUCCGCCAUCAGGCCCGACUCACCGCCAGUUCCUAAUAAGGAUGUUUCCAAUGGAGUUCGAAGGGCUCCUCGUGUCGAGAGUCUUAAAUCUGUAGGCGUAGGGGUUUGAUGGAUUGAGCUGAUCGAAGGCGAUGGCCGUGUUACAUACUUACGACGACGACACAAAAGUUACAUGACAUGUUAUGACAUAUACUGCGACGUGUUUCUUUCUACGCAUGUGAUACGGAUUAAGACAUGUUGAUAGUACGUCGAUCAUCACGCUGAUCGAUGAGCUCUGUAUAUAUCUUCUCUUUCUAGUGGUAUAUGUUGAACAGAAGUUCUGUUUUGCUGGA